GACUGGUAGACUUGAAAGGCUUGGAAAUCACGCAGCCAACUAGACUCUACAACACUUUCAUUUUUCUUGCUGAGAUUGACACGUCUGACGGCAUUUUUUUUUCUUGAAAAGCAACAGUCAUAGUCGCUCAUCUGUCAGGUUUCUCGUCUCCACAGCGACUUCCCCUGGAUCUCUCCCUCUGUGGCUGACACUCAAGCUGAUCGGCAUCUUUUUUUUCUACUUUUACAGUUUUACCUUUGCAGCAGGUAGCCUAUAUUCUCCAUCCAAGCCUCGCCAGCAUGUUGGACCCGUCUUCCAGCGAGGAGGAAGGGGAUGAGAUACUGGAGGUGGAGCGCAAAGAGGUGGCGGCCCCGAAGAGCCUCGGAGGAACCCGGCUGUCACCGGGCCGAGCCUCCGACGGCAACGGCGGCGGAGGGCUCCAGCCCAGGGGCCGCGGGAGCGGCGGUGGCCGACCCUCCAGCCCCAGCCCGUCGGUGGGCAGCGACAAGGAAAAAGAGGACCUGGAGAAGAUGCAGAGAGAGGAGGAGGAGAGGAAAAAGAGACUCCAGCUGUAUGUGUUUGUGAUGCGCUGCAUCGCCUAUCCGUUCAACGCAAAGCAACCUACUGACAUGGCCAGGAGGCAGCAGAAGAUCAGUAAGCAGCAGCUGCAGACAGUCAAAGAGCGUUUCCAGGCGUUCCUCAGUGGAGACACCCAGAUUGUAGCUGAUGAAGCCUUCAUCAAUGCUGUCCAGAGCUACUAUGAGGUCUUCCUGAAAAGUGACCGUGUGUCCCGGAUGGUGCAGAGUGGCGGCUGCUCAGCCAGCGACUCUCGGGAGGUUUUUAAGAAGCACAUAGAGAAGCGGGUACGCAGCCUGCCUGAGAUCGACGGCCUGAGCAAAGAGACAGUGCUGAGCUCCUGGAUUGCUAAAUUUGACACCAUCUACCGAGGCGAAGAGGACCCAAGGAAGCACCAGCAGAGAAUGACGGCCAGCGCUGCCUCCGAGCUCAUCCUCAGCAAGGACCAGCUGUACGAGAUGUUCCAGCAGAUCCUGGGCAUCAAGAAGUUUGAGCACCAACUCCUCUAUAACGCCUGCCAGCUGGACAACCCAGAUGAGCAGGCAGCUCAGAUAAGGAGAGAGCUGGACGGACGACUGCAAAUGGCAGACCAAAUAGCUCGGCACGGUGGAAGAUUUCCCAGGUUUGCAUCCAGAGAGAUGGAGGCCAUGUUCAUUGAGGAGCUGCGAUCCUCUGUCAAUCUGCUGAUGGCCAACCUGGAGAGCAUGCCGGUGUCCAAGGGAGGAGAGUUCAAGCUACAGAAGCUUAAACGAGGUCACAACACCUCCAUUAUGGACAUGGGCCAGGAGGACGAGAACACGCUGUCCAAAUCUGACGUGGUGCUCUCCUUCACCCUGGAGGUUGUGAUCAUGGAGGUCCAGGGUCUGAAGUCAUUGGCUCCAAACAGGAUUGUUUACUGCACCAUGGAGGUGGAGGGAGGACAUAAACUGCAAACGGACCAGGCUGAGGCCUCCAAACCCACUUGGGGUACCCAGGGUGACUUCACCACCACCCAGCCAUUACCUGCUGUGAAGGUGAAGCUGUUUACUGAGAGCACAGGAGUGCUGGCUCUGGAAGAUAAGGAGCUGGGGAAGGUUGUGCUCCACCCGACUCCCAACAGUCCCAAGCAGUCUGAACUCCACAAGAUGACAGUGUCUAAAGGCUGUCCAGACAAUGACCUCAGGAUCAAACUGGCCAUUCGCAUGGACAAACCACAGAACAUGAAGCAUUGUGGGUACCUCUGGGCCAUUGGCAAGAACGUGUGGAAAAGAUGGAAGAAAAGAUUCUUUGUGCUGGUUCAGGUGAGUCAGUACACCUUUGCCAUGUGCAGCUACAGAGAGAAGAAGGCUGAGCCUGUGGAGCUCCUGCAACUGGAUGGCUACACUGUGGACUACACUGACCCCCAGCCAGGUCUAGACGGCGGUCGGACGUUCUUCAACGCUGUGAAAGAGGGCGACACUGUGAUUUUUGCUAGUGAUGAUGAGCAGGACCGGAUCCUAUGGGUACAGGCCAUGUACCGAGCUACCGGCCAGUCACACAAGCCAGUUCCUCCCACCCAGGUCCAGAAACUCAACUCAAGAGGGGGCACAGCACCACAGCUCGACGCACCCAUAUCUCAGUUUUAUGCUGAUCGAGCCCAGAAGCAUGGCAUGGAUGAGUUUAUUUCAGCCAACCCCUGUAACUUUGACCAUGGCUCGCUGUUUGAGCUUGUACAGCGCCUCACUCUGGACCACAGACUCAACGACUCCUACUCCUGCCUGGGCUGGUUCAGUCCUGGUCAGGUGUUUGUCUUAGACGAGUACUGCGCUCGCUAUGGUGUUCGAGGCUGCCAUCGGCAUUUGUGUUACCUGAGCGAUCUGCUGGAGAGGGCAGAGAACGGAGCCAUGAUCGACCCCACCCUGCUACACUACAGCUUUGCCUUCUGUGCCUCCCACGUCCAUGGAAACAGGCCUGAUGGUAUUGGCACAGUGACUGUGGAAGAGAAGGAGCGCUUUGAGGAGAUCAAGGAGAGGCUUCGGGUGCUUCUGGAGAACCAGAUUACACACUUCAGGUACUGCUUUCCAUUUGGACGGCCAGAGGGAGCACUGAAAGCAACUCUGUCCUUGCUUGAAAGGGUUCUCAUGAAAGAUAUUGUCACUCCGGUUCCACAAGAGGAAGUCAAGGCUGUGAUCCGUAAGUGUCUGGAGCAGGCAGCUCUGGUCAACUACCAACGUUUGUCAGAGUACGCAAAACUGGAGGGGAAAAAGAGAGAGAUGUAUGAGCAUCCUGUCUUCUGCUUGGCGUCUCAAGUCAUGGAUUUAACCAUUCAGAAUGUAGGGCGGUUAGUCACCCCGGCUAAAAAACUGGAAGACACUAUUCGCCUGGCUGAGCUGGUGAUUGAGGUGCUUCAGCAGAACGAGGAACACCAUGCUGAGGCCUUUGCAUGGUGGUCAGACCUGAUGGUGGAGCAUGCUGAGACCUUCCUGUGUCUCUACUCGGCCGACAUGGACGCAGCUCUUGAAGUUCAGCCGCCUGACAGCUGGGACAGUUUCCCUCUCUUCCAGCUGCUCAACGACUUCCUGAGAAUGGACUAUAACCUGUGCAAUGGGAAGUUCCACAAACACCUGCAGGACCUGUAUGCUCCCCUGGUGGUGCGAUACGUGGACCUGAUGGAGUCCUCCAUUGCUCAGUCCAUUCACAGAGGCUUUGAAAGAGAAUCCUGGGAACCUGUCAAGAGUAUAACGAGUACUCUGCCCAGUGUCAACCUCCAAAUGCCCAAAGUACCAAAUCUAACAGUGUCAAGUGUUAACCUCCCACAAAUGCCCAGCUUUACUCCACCUGACUGGAUGACAGCUAAUUAUGACUCAGAUAAUGGAUCAGGGACGUCAGAGGAUCUCUUCUGGAAGCUGGAUGCUCUGCAGACCUUCAUCAGAGAUCUCCACUGGCCAGAAGAGGAGUUUGGCAAACACCUGGAGACCCGACUGAAGCUGAUGUCCAGUGACAUGAUUGAAUCAUGUGUAAAACGGACACGAGCAGCGUUUGAAGCCAAGCUUCAGAAGAGCAGCCGGGCCACAGACUUCCGCGUGCCACAGUCCAUCUGCACCAUGUUCAAUGUCAUGGUGGAUGCCAAAGCCCAAUCAGCCAAGCUGUGUGCCAUGGACCUAGGGCAGGAGAGACAAUACCAUUCCCAAAUUGACAACCUAAUUGAAGAGACGGUGAAGGAGAUGAUAACUCUGCUAGUAGCUAAGUUUGUGGUCAUCCUCGAGAGUGUGUUAGCCAAGCUCUCCAGAUAUGAUGAGGGAACACUCUUCUCUUCCUUCCUAUCUUUCACAGUGAAAGCUGCCUCAAAGUAUGUGGAUGUACCUAAGCCAGGGAUGGAUGUUGCUGACGGUUAUGUGACGUUUGUUCGUCACUCCCAGGACAUGCUGCGGGAGAAGGUCAAUGAGGAGGUGUACAUAGAGAGAUUGUUUGAUCAAUGGUACACCAGCACCAUGAACCUUCUGGGAACAUGGCUUACUGACCGUAUGGACCUGCAACUCCAUGUUUAUCAACUGAAGAUUCUCAUCAGGAUUGUCAAGAAAAAGUACCGUGACUUCCGCCUUCAAGGGGUGCUGGACUCCACGUUAAACAGUAAGAUGUAUGAGACAGUGAGAAAUCGGCUGACCUUGGAAGAAGCCACUGCCUCAGUGAGGGAAGGAGGGAUGCAAGGCAUUUCCAUGAAGGACAGUGAUGAAGAGGACAAUGAUAACUAGAUACAAGGGUCCUGAAAACUACAAGAAUGUCAACGCUUUUCAGAGGGUGAGCGGUAUACUGCCUGAGAACCCAUGCAGCCUUUCCAUGAGGUCAAAACAGAUUGGCCUAACAUCAAACUUUUUCCUUCCGUUAUUUGCUGUUUCAGUUUGUCAUCCCUGUAAUAGUUCCACAUUUCUGUCUGAAUUGAUACAAGAGGAAAAUGCAUUUUGUGUCUGUGAACACUUGCAAUACGCAAGACUGUCCUAUCAAUGCUUUUCAUUUCAAAAUUCCCCAUGUAGGCUCAUUCAGCUCAAAACUAAAACUGAAAUGUGAGCAAAUGACUGCAAAAUAUCACAGAAGCCAAAAUGGGACAUUAGUGUCCAACAGGCACAAAUGUGAGCGUGAAAUUCUUGCAAAGCAGCCUUAUAAAUAAGGCUAUCGAGACAGGCAGGUGAUUGCAUAUAUAUGGAGUUCAUCUUUUAAAGACAUGAAAAAUAUUGUUGUACCUUCAUGCUGUGCAACCCAAAAUGACUACACUCUUUGUACGGGAGCUUUGCUGUUGCUCGUCACUGACACUGAAAAGUACAUAGAGCACUCUCUUUACUUUAGGCAGUUCUGCUAAAGAACUUAGGACACGCUCAAAGGAUCCAGACCACCAUGUUGUGGUUCCAAGUGAAAUUAAUACAGUUUUUUUAAGCCUGCCAACAAUUGCAUGAUGAACUUUUCACUGUUGAAGUCGUAUUGAUCCAAACGGCCCUAGGACUGAUGGUUACUUGUUGGUUUAAGGUCAGAUGAAACAGUCCAAAACAACAGAAUCAGAACUAAAACAAAUAUUUAAUAAAUAUUUCCAAAACUUCCCCUGAAUGUUCUCAAGCAAUAUGGAUGACUAUUUUGUUCUCAACCUUAUGAACAAGGCUCUACAUUUCUUUGUAUAGUACUAAAAAAAGUGCAGUGAGUAAAGUUACUUUAUGUAGCAUUGUUGUUAAGGGUGUGAAUAUGGGCUCAUAUUACUUUGUUUUUGGUAAUGAGUUUGUAUGUCUAAACCAUAAAAUCUAAACAAAAUGUUUAAAUUGAUGUGCUGUGAUAUGAUGUGACAGUAACGUCACGUAACAUUUGUCUGUUCUCAGCCAGCUUCUCAAAGCCUAUCUAAUGUCUCUCUAAUGGUCGCAACAACCGUCAGACAGCAAAUAAAAUCCAAGGCACCAUCAACAGUUAAGUCUAUGGGUGCAAAAGCUGAGUAAUUUUAGUAAAUUUGUGACAAGAAUGAGAACAUCAUUCAGCCAAUGUUUACCUCUCAAGGAAGCAUUCUGUAAUUUUGAAAGUCCCAGUUUUUGCCCUCUUACCUAAUGUCAUAUGAGAAGGUCAUUAUCAAUGUCAUCUCUCACCUCUUUGAUUGAGAUCAAUACAGUCUAAAUAAGUCUGUAUGUAAGUGUAAGUGUUAGCCUGAGUGGAGCAUAAGUGCUGGAUGGAUGUUGAAUGAUCGCACAUGUUUUUUAACCAAAGUUGGGUAUUAGAGUGGGGUUCAGGCAUCUAACAUCUAAAGCCAACCUGAGCCUGAGGGACCAAUAACCAAGCCCGACCCAAACCUGACACUUAUUUUGUUUUUUAUGUUUAAACCCAACCCGAGCCCGACGCAGUAAAUGUGACAUUACUGAACCUCAAAAUCCAACCAUCACAGUUUAUUUGAUGUCAUCAUGGAGGAAGAGAACUUAGGACCUAGCAUUCACUGUGGAUGGCUUCAGUGAUGCUUCUGGUGCUAAGUGUAAAGGCCAGAAUGCCCCCAGCAAGUACAUCGAGCUCAGGUCAGUGUUAGGUGAUGACAUGUUUUGUUUGACAUACUCUAUCAUUAGCUAGCUAACGUUAACCUACGUUAAUAUUAGGGCUGUCAAAAUAAUACGUUAAUUUCAAUUAAUUAAUCACAGAGAAAAUAACGUGUUAAAGAAAAUUAACGCUGAUUAAUCGCAUUCCAUGGUGCCCUUGACCCGGUGCAUCAUUAAACGCCACAGUGGCUUUGUCACAUGAUGGAGGCAGACAAGACAACGCUGCUUGGCCCUGUGAAUGGAACAUAUACAUUUAUAAAAUGCCCAGAUGGAACCGCUGAUAGGAGCACUGUUCUCUGCAAUCUCUGCAGUAAGGAAUUUUUGUGCCAUUCAAAGUAAUUUAAGCCUGUAAUAUCACUUUAAUGCAAAUAAUGUAGUAGCGAACCCAGAGGUCCGAACUAGCACAGCCACUGAUGCUAGCACUAGCAGUCAGCCUUGUCAAGCCACAUUUGAUGAGGUGUUCAGAGGCAAAGUAGUAGAAGUAGCGCAACACAGACAGCCAAUCCGUCACUUUUAGGCUGAACCCGACCCAAACCCAAACAUUAUUUUAUCCAAACUGGGUCCGACCCGUUGGGUCGCAUCGGGUUCAGGUCGGGUAUCCACACUCUAAUGGGUUAGUCUUUUGAAACACCUUAAAUACUAACUAAGCUGUCUUUGUCACUGGUCUUGAUCUUCUGCUCUGACUCACAGUAAGACUCACAGGGCAGUUGGAUGAUUUACUGACAUUGCCAUCCCUAGGACUGACAUCUUUAUUAAAAAAAAAUAAAUAAAUAAAUAAUGUAACAUUAACAUGUCAGUAACUUCAGAUUAAUCUGCAUAAUUGUGACAAGUAGGUAAUAAGUCAUUUUGAAACAAGCAGCUAAAUGAAACACAUGCUCAGCUUGUUAACCUGUAGCACAUUUGCAUGAGAUGUGAAAUUGUGCACACAAAAUAAAGUGAAGGCACGCAUUUAUCAAAAAGUUUAAAAAAAAAAAAAAAGAAAAAAAAUGUAAAACAUGUUUGGGAAAUGAUGUUUGUUGUGUGCGGUGAAAUUGAAAGAUAGGAUUUGAAAUUAAAGAGGAUGGGAGGUGUGUCUCUGUUACAAUAUCAUCCAAUGACUUCAAUAUAAUCACUUAUGGUCUCGAACUAUACAUUUGACUCUACUAACACUUUGUGUAAAUGCUAAAAGUUCUUCCAUCGGAGAGUGAGAAAGCUGCAUGUGUCCUUUACAAAGAAAGUGAGGCUGUGUUACUAAUACUCUGUGUCAAACUGCCUACAUAUGAGUCUACUGGUGACAACACAAGCUGUAUGUUGCUGUUGGAGUAAACACUGACUGCUUGUGGUCUCACAGCGUUGAUACUUUGAUUUCCACAUCAACCUAACACCUCUGACUUAUCCUUUUUUUUGUUUGAUAGAUAAGUUAGCAAGGCAAUACACAUAUCGUUUGGUUUUAAAGACACUAAUAGCCUGUUUUCAACCUUUUUCACAUUUUCAAUUUUAGUAAAACAAAAGCUCUAUUUUAGUCUAAUAUCAUUUGAAUAAUGGAGUUGAUUUGCCAUCUAUUAUAUAUGUUCUUAUAUGUGCCCUGUGCUUCAAUCCUGGAUGUAUGGUGGGGCUAAUCUACAUUUUUAUAAUGGAUGAUGGGAGGUGACGUCUGUCUGUUCUUUCCCUCUGUCAACUGUUUUCUAUACUGUACACCUAGAGCUGUGUGUCACCCUGUGUGCAAGUACAGUAUACUGCAUGUCCCCAGUAUUCACUCCCUUAAGUGUUUUUGCUCCGUAUGUGAAGUUACCGGUGGGUUCGUCAUGCUUCUGCCUUCUAGAAGAGCCCACCAAGGCCAAGAACAUUUAAAUAAAGUGAAUGGCAA